AGUUAGCAACAAGAAAGCGUCAAUAUGGCGGACACCUUACUAGUCCGCGCAUUAAAAGGGAAACCAAAAACGUUGAAUUUGUGUAAUAAGAAACUUGACAAGGUUCCAAGGGCCAUUGGAAAAUUAGAUUGUGUUGUACACUUGCAGUUGAGAGGGAAUAAAUUGAAGGAUUUACCUAUAGAACUCAGCCAUUUAUUUCAGUUACAGAUAUUGAACUGUGGAAACAAUGAACUUGAAGAUUUACCAGAAGUUUUAGAGUAUCUCACUAUGUUGGAGAAAUUACAUUUGUUUAACAAUAACAUAAAGAAUCUUAACCCAAAAGUCUUAACACAUCUGAGAAACUUGACAUUCUUGAAUAUCAAUAAUAACCAACUCAAGACUUUUCCACCAGAAAUAUGCAGAUUGUCCAGUUUACAGCAUUUAAGUUGUACUAACAAUCAAUUGACAGAGUUACCAGUUGAAAUGUGUGCUUUAAUCAGACUAGAAGAAUUCCAUGUAGCUGGGAACCAGUUAACAAGCCUCCCAUUAGAGUUUGGAUUUCUUGUGAAUUUAGAAAAGUUAUAUCUACAGAAGAACAAAAUAAGAGAACUACCUGAGAGUUUGGGGAAAUGCUACAAGUUAAGAACAUUAGACAUUGCAGCAAAUGAAUUGAGAAUUUUUCCUACAGAGUUAGCAUCAUUACCUUUAAAAGAAUUAUUUUGUGAAGCCAACCCAUUGUUACAGCACAUUCCAGUCCACUCUGUACAGGAAGAAGAAGUUCUGUCACUAAAGGAAAUGACAGCAAGAUAUGUGAUGAAAGAACUUAAAGACAGAUGGUCCUAUUUACGGAAAGCUAUUCGACAUUACCCCCAAAUAAAAGAUAUGUUGGCCCAGGCCAGUAAAUGUGCGGUUUGUGGCGAAUCAUUCCUUAAUACUUGGUUAGAAUGUGUCAGAUUUGUGGAUGCUCAAGGGGAUCUUAAGCUGAACAAUUUAAAUGGACUUGUGCCUGUUAGAGCUCUUCUGUGUUCAUACAAAUGUUUUAAUUCAGCUGGACAUGACUAUUAUGGUGUUGCAUUUCCAUAACCCUGAUUACAUGUAUUGAUAUGUUCCUUUUAUACUGAAAUACAUGUAUUUAUUAAGCCGAACUGUGAUAUUUCGUUCAAAUUAUUUUUUGCACUGCUGACAAUUUUUUAUUAACAUAUUUAAUAGUUUAUUUUUUUAGUAUGAUUCAUUAUUAUGCCAUGUUUUUCAUGAUUCUUCUACUUUUUUUUUUCUUUUUUUUCUUCAUAUAAUCCUUACAAAACAAGGGAAUUUCUGUAACUGUAGCUUAAAACAAGCUUGAUGACAUACUUAUUUUGUAUUAGCAUGAUAUAAUCUACAAUUUGGGUGAGUAUAAAGAAAUCUAUUGUUUAAGCUAAGAGCCACCAGAACAUCAGAUAACAUCCAAUCAAUAUAUCAUAUACUGAAAUAGUACAUAUCAUUAAGCUUUUAAGAGCCAUUUGUCAGUUGCAAUUUUCUCUAUAGUUAAAAUUUACAAAAACAUACAAUAUUUUUUUUCGUGAAGUCAUCUCCAGCACAGCGUUUAUUAUUAAUUGAUCCUGAAGCGUUAUACUGUAUCUAAUCUGUGCUGGUCUUUAUGAGACUCAUGUAGUUAAAAAAAACUUUCAGACUUUGUAAAACAAAUCACCAAACUUAGCAUCAUCAUUUUAUCUUCAACUUAUCUUAACUCAGAAAUGUAAGAGAAUUACACUUUCUUUUUUUUUUUUGUUAUUCAUUCAUACAAUUUAAAUUUGCUCUUACAAGAGUAAGAAAUAUAAAACAAACAUAUCAAUUAUUUUUGUACAGAAACACAUAUUCUGACUUUAGAGCAGACUGAGCAUAAAUAAGUUGUGAGAAUUUUUCUAGUUCCUGACUUUCGGCAUUUGAAACGAUUUAUAUGUAAAGUUAUCAUAUAUAUAAAUAAAAAUAAUUUUAUUUUUAAUAGAACAUCUUUGAAUUAAUUUAGUGUACAUAUAUGCAAAUUUAUUCAUCAUAUUUUUAGUAAUACUUUAUUACUUAAAAGGCAAUUAUCCAACAUUCUCUUUAAUUUGGUUAUUGACCUUUAUCUAUGGUACUAGAAUAUAAGAUAAAAAGAAAAUGUGUCCAUAGGACACCAUGUCCCACUUGUAUUAUCACAUUUCAGUACAAUGAACUGACAAAUAUGGGUCAGAACCAGAAGACCACAUCAUAAUAAACCUGUGUAUUAAGGUUCAUGUAGAUGUGACCACAACUUCUGUUCGUGGUAUACUUUCUGGACCUAAACUUUAAUCUAAUACAGGAAAGACAGAUGCAUAGACUGGAAAAAAUAUUGCCCCUCUACUAUCAUUGGCUGGGCAUAAAAAUAUUGAGCCAGUUUUUAUUGAAAACUUAUUUUACAGGUAUAGAUACAUUUGCCAGUGAGCAACAGUAUACAUAUUGCCAAUCUUGUAGUGUUGAAGGAAAAGCUAUGAAGAUGAUUUGUGGGUUCCCUGUUAAGCUUCUGAUAUUCAAUAAACUGUAUAUUGAGUAGAUUUUUUUACUCUGGGAAAAUGUGACAAGAAGUACAUUGCAAUAACUAAAAACUUGCAUUUUCCUUUUUUUCUAGUAAGAUUUUACUUCAAUAUCACAUUAAUGAAUCUUGCAUUUAUGUUGAAAAAAAUAACCAUUCACAGGCCUUUUUUUAACAUAUAUAUUGAGAUUUUUUGUAUCAAAUGUUUUCUUUCUAUGUUGAAUUGUUGUAUUACAAAGAUAUAUUGAACUGUUAAUAAAAGUGAUUAAUUUC